AUGGAUGGUGCCCUGUCUGCACAUCGUUCCCGGGAGCAACCCUGGCUUCCGCGGCUCAUGAUGCCUGUCGACCGUUUGGCCGCCCACCCCUCUCCCUUGAACGACCCUCAGGCCAGUUUUGUUCUUCUUCUGCGAGCCUACCCCCAGGCAAGAUGCGACGCUACUCAAGGUCGACACCCGCCUCGGCCGAAUUCGGUCACAGCCGGGUGGAAUUCUCUAAUAAAGUGCGGCGAUGUUGUUGCUGGCGAAGAAGAAAAGGGUCCCAGGAAGAAAGAAAGCAAGACCCGGGAGAAGAAAAGAUCCGACGACUUCGACUUCUUUGUCUCUCUGCCAUGUGCUGAGCACGCUGCUUCAACAAGCCAUCAACAACAACACUGCCCCCUCUCUCGCCUUAGUCACCUCGGUUUACCUCCAAGCUUCCACGUUUUUUAA